ACGCAAAGGAGGAACAGAAGAGAGAGAGGAUGUUCCGAGCCAACUAUGCGCGUGCUGUGAUGGCUUCGCUUGCGCUGGGAAGUGGUGUUGUGGGCUUGUAUGCCUAUGAGAGGCAUCGGAUGGAGAAGACGGAGACCAUUGUGGGCGAAGCUGAUCUUGGAGGCGAGUUUGAGCUGAUGGACACAGAUGGAGAAGUAGUCAAGUCGGAUGACUUGCUCGGCAAGUAUCUGCUCAUCUACUUUGGAUUCACACACUGUCCCGACAUCUGCCCCACAGAGAUGCACAAGAUGUCCUCGGUCCUGGCCGAACUGCGGAGGAGGAAGUCGUCGUGGGGCGAUGCCAUUGUCCCGCUCUUCAUCACCAUCGAUCCCAAGCGGGAUACUCCUCAGGCAAUCGGCAAGUAUCUGGCUGGCUUUGAUCCCGCCAUCCGCGGCCUCACAGGCUCGCCCGAGCAGACGGAAGCCGCCGCCAAGGCGUACAAGGUCUUCUCUUACCCGGUCCCGUCAGCAGAGGGCGACGAUGAUGAUGAUUAUCUCAUCGAUCACUCGAUCUUCAUCUUUCUCGUCGGACCUGAUGGCAAGUACAAGGCCCACUUUGGCUACGACAAGUCGGUCGCUGUCGUCACCGAUGGCGUCGCCGCCCAUCUCCCGCGCCAGUGGUGGGAGUUUUGGCUGUGACCUGCUCCACAGCCUUGUGGCCAGCCUCGCGUCGCCGCUCCAUCAGGCACGAGAAAAGAGUCAGGCAGUUUACUGACUAUCUCGCGGGCGUCUCGGGCUUUACAGCUUGUUGGGGCGCGAGUUUGCGGCCUUGACCUUGUUGAACACAGUGUGGACGUCGUCGUAGCCCGGGAGCUUCUUCAUGCGGGCGAUCCAGGCAACGAGCUCGGGCUUGUCGGCAAUGAUGGCGUCAAAGUCGGAGCCGAGGAUCUCGAGCUGAGUCAGCUCGCAAAAGGCGGAGAGGUCUGCGAUGGAGGGCAUGUAGCGGCCGCAGAGGUAAGUAGCACCCGGCCCCUUGAGAAAGAUCUUGUUGAG